ACCUAACGGACGGAGUUUAUUAAUCGUACUGUGUUGUUCCGAUUUUACUUCUUCUACUGAAAUGCAUAUCGAUGUUGGAAGAACUGGUGAUGGGCGUGGGAUACCAACUGGUGAUGGGCGUGAGAUACCAUCUAUUGAUGGGCGAGAGAAGCCGACUGAUGAUGGGCGUGGGAUGCCGAUCGGUGAUGAAAUCGUCAUUAGUGGAAUGUCGGGAAAGUUUCCUAAAUCCGAAAAUGUUACGGAGUUCAUGGAUCAUUUGUAUAAUAAGUUAGAUAUGGUGAUAGAAGUGGAGCCGCAAAUACAGCAUCCGGAGAUCCCGAAACAUCAGGGGAGGAUUGAAGAAAUGGAUAAAUUUGAUGCAACAUUUUUUAAAGUAACGUAUAAACAAGUCUUAAGUCUGAAUACUCAGUGCAGACAGCUGAUGAGCUAUGCAUAUGGCGCUGUUUACGAUUCAGGUAUAAAUCCUUUACAAAUGAAUGGCAAAAAGUUGGGCGUAUUUAUUGCAUCGUCUAACGUUGGUGACAAACCACUGUUGUCAAAUGAGUUCAAAAACGGACUUAAGUCAGCUAAUAAUUUCCUCAUAAGUGGAAGCAGUAAAUCAAUGUACGCGAACAGAAUAUCGUACUGGUUCAAUAGCAAGGGACCUUCUUACUACAUUGAUUGCGGAUGCGUGGGUUCCUUGGCGGUCGUUGACCUUGCUUGCCACAGCAUCCUCAGCGGCGACUGCGAGGCGGCGUUGGUCGGGGGAUGCAGCAUGUGCAUCGGUUCCACCGUUACUAUAAACUUAAACUAUACUGGCUUACUAUGCAGCGAUGGUAAAACUAAAUGCUUUGAUAAACGAGCUGAUGGAUACGUCAGGUCUGAAUCCUUCGGUUUCUUGUUCUUACAGAAAGCUAAAGACGCAAACAGAAUAUACGCAGAAAUAUAUCACACAAAAUUAGGAUACUGUAGUUCCCCGUUAAGUGACUGGCACAAAUUACGUCACAGUAGUUCAAAGGAUAUUAUAGAAUUCUUAAAGAAAUUUUAUUCCGAAACUGUUGUUUCUCCUCAAGAAGUAGAAUAUGUGGAAGCAAACGGUAUCGCUAAUGCGGAAGACGAUAAGAACGAACUAGAAGCUGUUGGUGAGAUGUUCGGCAACAAAGAGAGGCCAGUUAAAAUAGGUUGCGUCAAAUCUAACAUGGGUAAUAGUGAAUCUGCUUCAGGAUUGUGUGCUCUUACGAAGGUCUGUUUAGCAUACAUGAAAGGGGAACUUUCCGGUAACUUACAUUACGAAAACCCACGCGAUGACGUAGACGCUGUCCGGGACGGAAGAAUUGAAGUUGUACACGAAAACACACCUUUCAAUAGAGGGUUUGCUGCCUUGAAUAGCUUUUCAUAUACUGGCCCCAUUGCACACGUACUUUUAAAAGGGCAUUACAAAGAAAAGAAUCACAAGAAAUAUAUAUCAAAUAUACCAUACUUGGUGAAUGUAUCGAGUAGAAAUGAGGCUGGCGUUGGUAGGAUGCUGGAUAUUUUAGCGGCGACGCCAAUCGAUGCCGAAUACAUUGGACUUUUGCAUAAUAUCCAUAAAAUAGAAACACCGGGACAUACCGCCCGAGGCCACAUAAUUCUGGAUUCUAAUCUUGCUGAGAAAAAUGUGAAAACAUGCGUCUUAAGUAAAAGCAUUCAACACUAUACAGGAAUAAAGCUUCCAGUUUGCUUUAUGUACAGCGGGAUGGGGUCACAAUGGUGUGGAAUGGGAGCUGAUCUAAUGAAUAUACCAAUUUUUUCUGCAGCUAUAGAAAAAUGUCAUAAAGUGCUUGAACCAAAAGGAGUGAACAUCGUCGAUAUUUUGACAUCCGAUGAUCAAACAAUAUUUGAAGAUAUAAUAAACUGUUUCGUUGGUAUCACGGCUGUACAAAUUGGUUUGACCGACGUUUUGCGAGCGUUAGAAAUUGUUCCUGAUUACAUUAUCGGCCAUAGCGCUGGCGAGUUGGGCUGCGCGUAUGCCGACGGUGUUCUGACACUGAAAGAGACGAUCCUGUCGGCCUACUGUCGCGGCUUGGCUUCGAAGCAAACUAAAGUUAUAUGUGGAGCAAUGGCAGCUGUGGGCAUGGGAUACGAUGACUUAAAAAGGAUUUGUCCUGCUGACAUAGAUAUAGCGUGUCACAACAGCGCCGGUUCGUCUACUAUAUCAGGACCUGUUGAUGCAGUUAAAGAUUUCGUUGCUUUGUUGACAAGCCGCGGCAUCUUUGCAAAACAAGUUCUUUCUGGCAACAUUGCCUAUCAUUCGAAAUAUGUCGCUGCUGUUGGGCCGCCCUUAUUUGAGUCUUUAAAAGAGGUAAUAAAGGAUCCAAGGAAAAGAACCUCUAAAUGGUUAUCUACCUCGAUCUUGCAGAACAGAUGGGAUGAAGAUAUAGCGAUAUUUUCAUCAGCGGAAUACUUCACUAAUAAUCUAGUGAGUCCAGUAUACUUUGAAGAAACAAGUAAGUUGAUACCGAACGAAGCAGUGGUGGUUGAAAUAGCCCCCCACGGGCUACUGCAGGCGAUAGUGAAGCGAUCUCUGGAGUCAUGUGUACACGUUCCCUUAACGAGGCGUGGACAUGAAAAGCCAACAAAGUUUCUGCUCGACGCUAUUGGACGGUUAUAUGAAAGUGGUCUGAACCCGCAAGUACACGAGUUGUAUCCUAAAAUCGAGUAUCCAGUCGCCACCGAGACUCCGCUACUGUCAAACCUCGUGGGAUGGGAGCACAAUGAAAUUUGGCCAAUUGUUAGCGAAACAAAGAAAAUUCGAAAACAAGGUCAAAUUUGUAACUAUUUUAUAUCGCUUUAUGACAACGAUAACAAAUUUAUUAAUCGAUACACUAGAAAUGGUGUGAAUGUAAUCCCGGAAGCUCUAAUUUUAGUUCUCACUUGGAAAACAUUAGCUAUGGCAAGAAAUGUUGAUCAUAACCAAAUGUCCAUUAAGUUAAAUAAUGUGUACUUUAACCGCGAAGUAUCAUUAGAAGAAAACAAAUUUGCUAAGAUAACAGUUUCUAUUAACAGAGGCGAUAACAGAUUUGAAGUAACAAAUUAUGAAAUAGUUGUAGCAAGUGGGCGAAUAACGGACGAGUUUGAACCAGAAAAAUGCAAGUUGGAUUCAUUGAAUGAUAACUCUGAAUAUGAUAUUUUUUUAACCUCUGAUGAAAUAUACCGGCUGCUAAGUUUUAGAGGAUAUUCCUUUAAUAAGGAAUUCCAAGUGAUUCGUUCUGCAAAUUCAGCUAUUAGCAAAGCCACAGUUGAAUGGACUGGAGAAUGGAUCUCAUACAUCGAUGCACUUAUUCAACUGAACAUUAUAAAACGAAACCACAAUGGAAUAUCUACACCUAAAUUAAUUCAAGAGUUAAUUAUCGAUGUCAAUGAACACGUUUCGGUUUCGAAUGGCAUAAGCGAAAAUGUUGAACAUGAGGCUACUAUUUUUGAUCUCUAUUGUACUAUAAGAUGCGGUGGUGUAACUAUUAAAGAUGUGGUAUUUUCUGACAGAGCUGUAGUUCACACACAAGUACCUAGUAUUUUCUUUGCUGAAAAAAAUUGGCCCCACCUUUUAGGAGAUGAUAAAAUACGGGGUCAAUGGGGAGGUCAUUACUAUACUAGAAAACAGUUCUCACGAGACGAAGUUGAAGAGUUUAAAGUAACAAUGAAAACACCGAAUGAUUUUGAGACUAUCAGUUUUGAGCAAAUUGCUACUACAAAAUCUCUUCCCAAUAAGAUUAUAAAGGUCUAUUACGCUGGAGUAUCACAAAGAGAUUGCCAACAAUCUAUUUUCGGAAGCAAUUCUGCAAAUUUGGAUUUGGGUAUGGACUUUAGUGGGAAAGAUGUCAACGGUGAGCAAGUGAUGGGGCUGUUGGCGCAGGGGACGCUGUCGAGCGUCGUCACUCCUGAUCCUGAGCUGGUGUGGCCUGUGCCGCGCCACUGGACCCUGCAGGAGGCUGCCACCGUGCCCUUGCCCUAUGUGCAUGCUUACUAUAUCCUCUGCAAAACAAAGUUGACAAGUGGAGAUCGAGUGUUGGUCAUCGGCGGGGCGGGUGCGUUAGGCCAGGCUCUCAUGUCUGUUUGCCUGUCGCUUGGCUGCAUCGUCUAUACUAGUGUCAGCACUUUGCGUAAGAAAGAAGCUUUGCUCAAGCUAUUCCCAGAUCUUACAGUGCACAUAAAGAAUAUGGCUUCAAUUGCAGAAAACAAUAUAAUAUAUAAGCUGAAUGAUGAAGUUCUAUAUGAUCAUAUAGUGACACAAACUGACAAUCGGCUUUGCAAAGUAGUUGUUAGCUGCGCAUCGGGCAGGUUGCGUGAGGUAGCAAUGAAAUGCGUUAGUCCUUUUGGAUUUUUUUUGGACGUCAAUCAGCACGACAUGGAAUGGAACAGAUCUUUUGGCAUGAUAUUCUUGCAUGAUGAUAAGACUUAUAAAACUGUUAAUUUGUCCAGUCUUUUUGAGAAAAACAAUAAUGUAGAGAAACAGACAAUUAAGUAUAUGGUUGCUGAAGGAAUUGCGAACGGGGUCGUGAAGCCGUUACCUUCAAUAACGUAUGAUAUUGAAGAAGUGCCAAGGGUGCUUAAAUUGCUCUCAUCGAGGAAUAACACAGGGAGAGUUAUAAUAAAAAUGGACCUGCCACCUAAAACCAAUGUAGUUCCUCGAUAUUUGAAAGAAUUACAUUCAUCAGUAAAUAUAGUUAUUAAAAAUGUAAUAAAUGAUAAGGAAUGUACUAAUGCAAUAAAGGAAGCAGAAAAGGUCGGUUCACUCGAAGGCGUCUUCAUAAUAGUUGGCAAAGAUGUAAAGCAAUGUGAUGAUGUAUCAGAAGAACAAAUGCUUUUGACAAGAAACAAAACUCUCAUGUCAAUGAUUUCUAGCUUAGACUUCGCUACAAGAUCUCUUUGCCAGAAUUUAAGAUACUUUGUCAUAGUCAGUGAAUCGUCCCGAAAUAUCUAUGAUAAAGAAAUUUAUUUAAAAGCUGAAAACAUAUGUAAGAAGCGCCAAACCAUCGGUCUUCCAGGACUGGCAGCCGAUAUUUCGGAUGAGUUCUCAAAAUAUUCUAACUCGAAGAGCGAUGUUUCAAUAAAAGCAAUACCCGAGGUGCUCAAUGCAUUGGAAAAAAGUUUGUAUCUUAAUUACCAUAAUAUCAAGGCUGUGGUAGGGGCUUGUGGCGAAACAGGUUCUCUGGCAACUAAACGAGAGGAAAUUGGUUCCAAAACUACGACCGUUGCUCCUAAAAAAGUUUACGACAGUGAAAAAAAAGUGGAAGGGAAGGAUAUUUCUGAGUUCAGCUUCACUAACGGCAAUGGAGAUUCUAUGUCAGAGAAAAACAAUGGCUUUGGAAUAUUUUAUUCUCAUAUUGAAUCUGACGGCAAGUGUGAAAUAGAUCCAAGUGUAACGCAUCUGAUACUUAUUCCUGGCUUCGAAGGUCAUCACAGAAUAUUCAAGGAUCUCUGCGAGCCGUUGAAAUUAAGAGCCGUCGCUAUGAAAUUGGACUCGGAUUUAAACAGUUCCAGUAUUCAAAAUAUGGCAUUAAAUAUAUAUAAGACUCUUUCAAGUAAUUUUAACUUCGACAAGACAUUUUAUUUGUUGGGAUAUUCUUUUGGAGUGAAUGUGGCUCUGGAAUUAGCAGCUUUAAUAGAGAAGCAAGGUGAGCGUGGUAUCGUCUUUUGCUUGGACAGCAGCCCCGAUGCCUUAAAGCAUUUGAUGAAGACUUACGCCGGUGAUUUAUCGAAUGCCAAUUUGCAAAAUGUUAUCGUCGCUCGUAUGUUUCAUCUGACGACUGGAUUAAAUAGUGAAGAGUUUUUGAAGGAAUUGGAGAUUAUUGAGAGCUGGGACAAGAAGAUUGACGUCUUUAUCCGACGUGUUAAAGGACUAGUUCCUUAUUCACAUGAAUACAUGAGAGCUUUGUUGAUAUCGACAUAUGAUAGAGUUAUUUCGGCGAGGGAAUAUCAACCGAACCUUAAAUUAAAAUCAGAAUUGUUUCUUAUUAAGUCAACUACUUCUGCCGAAUUCGUAAAUCUACCUGACGAUUAUAAUUUGGGAAAGUACUCGGAGAGUCCCGUCAAAGUUUAUAACAUCGAUGGGGACCACGCCUCGGUCCCGUACGAUAUCAGAGUAUCGACUAUAAUAAAUGACUCGCUCGAAACAAAACUGUUGGAUGAAUUCAAUCAGACAAACACAUGUGAGGCUUAUCUUAUGUAUGAUUAG